AUGAACCCUUACGUCUUAUCCACCUUACUUAUGGGACUAGGACUAGGUACCACAAUCACCUUUGCCAGCUCCCACUGACUCUUAGCAUGAAUAGGCCUUGAAAUUAAUACACUAGCCAUUCUACCACUAAUAGCGCACCACCACCACCCCCGGGCAGUUGAGGCCACCACUAAAUACUUCCUAGCCCAAGCAACAGCCGCCGCGGUACUUCUGUUCGCAAGCACUACAAACGCCUGACUCACAGGCCAGUGAGAAAUUCAACAGAUAACUCACCCUCUCUCAGUUACACUAAUUACCGCAGCACUUGCCCUCAAAGUCGGCCUUGCACCCAUACACACAUGACUCCCAGAGGUCCUACAAGGACUAGACCUUACUACCGGACUAAUCCUCUCCACAUGACAAAAGCUAGCCCCCUUCGCCCUCCUACUACAGAUCCAACCCUCAAAUUCAACUACCUUAAUCCUACUCGGCCUAACAUCCACCCUUGUUGGCGGCUGAGGCGGGCUUAAUCAGACGCAACUUCGAAAAAUCUUAGCAUACUCCUCUAUUGCACACCUUGGCUGAAUAAUCCUAAUUCUACAAUUUUCACCAACCCUUACCCUACUCACCCUCUUGACAUACUUUGUAAUAACCCUAUCCGCAUUCCUCACCUUUAAACUAAACAAAGCAACGACUAUCAACUCCUUAGCCACUUCCUGAGCCAAAACUCCCAUACUAACUGCCUUAACCCCCCUCGUCCUCCUAUCCCUAGGAGGCCUCCCCCCCCUCACAGGGUUUAUGCCCAAGUGACUAAUCCUUCAAGAACUAACCAAACAAGAUUUAGUGCCCAUUGCCACUCUUGCAGCACUAACCGCCCUCCUUAGCCUUUACUUUUGCCUUCGACUCUCGUACACAAUAACCCUGACAAUAUCCCCAAACAAUCUUGCAGGUACUACCCCCUGGCGACUUCCCCACACACAACACUCCCUCCCCCUCGCCACCACCACAACAAUAACCAUCCUCCUUCUCCCCUUAACCCCAACCAUUACAACCCUCCUUACUCUCU